AUGUUGUUAUGGGAAUGGAGACGAAUUUUUAGGCAAAAAUUGAGAGCCAUGACUCCCACUUCUACUCUAACUUAUCAACAGUGGUCUCGUAGACGUUUGUUGAUGUCUUUUGUUUUGUUUUUUGCCGGAUGGAAAGCAUUCGGAUAUGCCUUAAACGAUAUGCUUUUAUGGACUGUUGAUGAAGAAACUGGUGCAGGUCGUUUCUUGACACCUACUGAGGGUAAAGCUCAAAGGGAGAAGAUGGAACGUGAACGUGACGCUCAAUUUCUGCCUGCUCGUGCUCCGAAAAAAUUUGAUUUUGAUGACUAG